UUUUGAGCAGCACAUGAAGACGCGACAGGCGCUGAGCCAUCUCCCGGAUCUCUGCUGGACGGAUUUGCUAAGCUACUGGACGAGAAAUGCGUGAGUCAGCAAAGCGUAACGCGAUAAAACCUCAGCUCGACGAUCCGUGUACUGCUAGAGGAGGCUGGACUAUGGCAGGCGCAGCAGCGCAUUCAGAGGCAGCCCAAUCAAGUUCAACCAGCAUCGUUUACCACUGGCAAUCAGAUGGGCGCUUUCAUCGGAUGCCGCAGGAUUUUGCUUUUCCACAGCUAGAUGCGCUAAGUGUGUGGCGUAUUUGGUGGCUUGGCCACCCUGCUGCCGGAUACCCGCCUUUUCGGGCGCUGCAGCCAUCUGACUUCACGAAGACCAACCGCAAGAUGUUUUCGGAAUGGACGGUGCUGGUCCGACAUAUCGUCGCUGGUGUGGAGGCAAGUACAGGGGCGAGAAUGCAGCGACCAACUUCACAACGUGUAGCCGACGAUCUCUACCAACUCGGCAUAGCUCAUGUGCCGAUGAAGCCGCCUACACAUGCGGCGAAGCAACGGCCCGAGCGAGCAGUAACCACACUGCGACGAAUCCGGCAGGCAAUCCACGAGUCGAAUCCGGAGGCGAGGCGUGUGCUGUUUCGUCACAGGAAGCGCACUAGAAGCACCAAAUAGAGGUUAACAGCAUUAACAAGGCGUUAGUCGUGAUGACGCAGCACAUUAGCUCGUUCGAUAGAUGCUUGUUCGUCUUACCUCGCCACCGUUCCCGUCGAAGAUGCACGACAAU